AUGUCCUUCCUUUCUCGGGUGUUUCGGGGCAAGGACUCCACUGCGACGAAGAAGCAGGCUAAACCUACCGCGGCGCUCAACACGGGCCCUGCGAAGCCUAAAUGGACUGAUGCGUGGCAGCGGACAGAGGUCGCCCCGGAAGAGGUCCAAGACCUUGUACGAGGGUGCGUGCAUGAGCUCAAGGCCCGAGCUCUUCACACGCCAUUCCUCCUCCUACCGUUCCGUCCUAGCUCCGACCCCAGCGCAGCUCGCACGUUCAUUCGCAAUUACUUUAAUCAGUCUUUCGAAAAGGGCUCGCCCGUUAACGGAAAUGACUUGUCGCAGGAACUCCGGCUCACGGAGCCGAUGGUCCUUUGCGGUGUGAUGAAAUGGUGCUGGAGCAGACUCCCUGGCGGUGUUGUCACUUGGGAGGCGUACGAAACCUUCAAGAUGGGCGAAAAUGAUUCGGAUAUGGCCCGCGACGCUUUCUCAACUUUCAUUCCGAUCGGCGGCGACUCCGAUGCACGCACCAGUAUUAUUCUGGACUUCUUCGAUCUUUUGGCUGCCAUUGCGGCCCAUGGGAAAUCCAAUGGCUUGGGAGGUCGCAAGCUUUCCCGAUACGCUGGCUGGUGGGCGUUUGAGCAUGUCGAUACAGGCAAUGGCUUCGAGGCCGCCUAUAAGAACUGGGCUGUUGCUGCCGAUGCUACCAGUCACUUGUUCUUCGCCUACCUUCGUUCGUUGUCUCCCGAUGUCCCUCGCGGCGUGAGCGGCAUCUCAUCGCUGCCAAUUUCUCUUCAUUCACUCGUCGAAGCGACCGAAUACCCUCCCGAAACCCCGACCUUGUUGCAAGUUACGACUACAAAGGUGAUUAUGAUUGUGGAGAAUGUCUCCCCGACCCCAUUCUCCUUGUUGCGACGCGCAAAGAACUUUGAAUACCGCGACGACGACUGGCACCUGCAGGAAUUUGCCAACUACGAAGACCCAGUUGAUGCAUUGACCGACGAGUGUCUCCGUGUUCUUAGAUGUAUCUCAUCUACGAAUCAAUCCAGCGUCUCGAGUACCAAGCAGUCAACAAGUUUACGGGAUGCAUCUUGGUCUCGCUUCGAGGAUAUUGGGUUCGGUGGUUCGAUUGACUCUGACCCGGAGGACGAAGCCAACGAGACUGCUUCGCCGGCGACUGCAAGGAGUGGAUCUGGGGCGGGCUUGAGCUCCAUUCCUCAAUCUGGAACAGGGGACUUUGGCCGUCCGACCACCCCAUCGUGGGCAGACUUCAUGUCAUCCGGAUUCCCGGAUGAAAACAAAUUGAAGGACCACGUGGGCCCUCUGCUCCUGACACCUGACAAGUUUCUGCCCCCCCUUGCCUCUGCACGUGGCAUGAGCUCUCAGUCGCACAAGCGCUCCUUGGAUAUCGAGCCGGCUCUCGAGCCUGCGGAGUUGGCGAGCAUCACCUCCCUAGACAUGGACGAUUCGUUCUGGUGGGUUUGGAUCAGCAGUUUAUCUGGCGAUGAGCCGUCCGCACGCAAGGCUGUGUUUGGUCGAUGCGCUCUCCUGGAGACCAAAAUCCGGGAUACCAAAUGGCUGAUCCUCGAAGAGCAGAUCAAGGGUGCUGCUCCAGAGCCUGAGGCCGGUGCUCAGAUUGUCGAAAAGAAGCGAUUCUUCAGCUUUGGCAGCCGCAGGGGAAAGCUCAAUCGCCGCAAGUCGUUGGCGAAGAAGGUGCCUUCUAUUGAAGACUCAUACAAGCGACCCAACAACCAGGGAACGCAAAGCAAGACCAGCAUCGGACCGGAUCAGCACAAGCGGAUCCAGGAAGCUGCGGCCGCUCUGCAAAAGAAGCACCGCGAGCAAGAAGCGGAGGCGAAAGAGAACCGUGCAAUCCCUAAUGAUAACCGUUACUCCAAGACCAACUCCAUCAUGACCCUUCAGCCUGCCAUUGUGAGCGAGGCAUCCCAGGCCAUGAAGUGGACUAAGAAUUACGAUAAGGGUGCCUUCAGGGCAGCAUAUCUCAAUGACAACCGCGCUGGCACUGGUGAAGAACCCGAGGACAAACCCGAGCCGAUUUCGAAGGACACCGAGGAGAAGUCUACCGCGCCGUUGGCACCUCUUCCAACCAACACUUCAAAGAGUGUUCCCCCGCCACUUCCCAAAGAAGCUGCAGCUGCUGCUGUGUCCACUCCUCUUCCCCCUUCUCCUAGGGAGGCGCCAACUAAAGCUGUUAAUGUCGCUACUCCCGAAGAGAAGAAGCCCGUCGCAAAGCCUGCCGUUGUUGAACAACCUACUGAGCGUCGGGACUCUGUGGACGAGGGGGGCAAGAAGCUGAAGAAGAAGACUGGCAAUUCCGGAUUUAAGAGCAUGUUUAGUGCCAAAAAGAAGCCCGAACAGCAACAGCCUCUCGUGAAGACCGGUGAUUCUAAGGAAAUCUCCACUGUGGCAGCUACUCGUGCGGCCCUCGAGGCCAGGGCGAAAGCAGCUCAGGAGUCCGGUCCCAUGAAGAAGAAGCCUCUCCCGAGUACCGCGUCCGUGGCUAAAUUGCAAAAGCCCUCGCCUCAGUGUGUUCAACCGACCGCCAAGGAACCAGUGGCAAACCCCUCAAUCCCGGCUCAAGCCUCCGCUUCUCUGGAACAGAACGGUGAGCCGCCCAAGACCAGACGCGCCAUUGAGUAUGAUGCUCUCUCGCGCGUUGCUACUCACGAACUUAAAGCAGCCGAUCAGGAGUUCUCCAAGUUCGACCAGGGCCCCCUGGCUGACCAGCCUGCUUUCGUCCCCGGAGAUUCUCCCGUGGACGUCACACCUGUAGCGCAAAAGUCCCAGGUUCCCCAGAGCCCGUCCAACGGCAAUGGUGUUCGCCAUGAGGUCGCCAGUUCGCCUGAGUCACCUGAAGCUACACAUGAUCGCUGGAAGGCGAUCCGUGAGGCUGCUGCUCAGCGGACUGCUGCCCAAGAGGAACAGGUGCACGACCACGAUACCGAGGCCAACACCCGGACUAGCCAGUCCGAGCGCACUGACGAGGGAGAUACUAGUGGAGAAGAGACCAUCGAGGCCCGUGUCGCCCGCAUCAAGGCCCGAGUGGCUGAGUUGACCGGCAACGCGGAGGACGGUCAAAAGCGCUAG